GAUCACCUACAUAUAUAUAUAUAGAGAUAGAUGCAUACACGUCUAUGUAAAUAUAUAUCUAUAUAUGUUACUGCAUGGCUUGUUUAAUGUUCUACUUCACCUCUUCUGUUUCCCCUCCUCCUCCCAGUAAAAUAGCAAUGUCAAUAAUAGCCAUUAGCUUGUUAAUUCUCAUUCAAUGUUUCCACUCUCCUCAUACGCGUCGGUGCUUCAUCUGAAACAGCACCAUUCUGCUUCCUUUAAAAAGAGAAAAAUUGCAACAGUCUGUACCUUUAAUUAAUUCACAGAUUCUUUUAUCUCUAUCAUUAUUGGUGGGUUUUGCCGUUUUCUUUUUUCACAUCCGCUUUUUAUUUAAAUGCAGCUGAUUUAAACAGUGUUUGCUAUUCCCAGCCUCACUGACAAACUUAAACAUUAUCCAUUUAUAUAUAUAUUAAAUAUAUAAUGAUGAUGGUGAUGAUGCUAAUAAUAUAUUAUCGACAUUAAUCCGGUUGUUUCCUGUAUUCUUGUGUUUUGUUUAAACCAAACAGUAAAUUAAAUAACUCUGAUUAAAGUAACAUGCCUUCAUUAAAUGUUCCUCUUGAGAAUCAAAGCGAAAUGAAAAUUGUUAAUGAUGUCGCUUCCGAUAAAGAAAUUAAGUCUGUGGAUUCUUUAGCAACACCUAAAACAACAGAAUCACCUAAAACUAUGAAAUAUAUUAGUUUGAUCUCAUUAACUUUGCAAAAUGCCCUGCUUGCACUUGUUAUGCGAUAUGUGCGUACAAGACCAGGAGAUCUGUUCAUGUCGACCACAGCGGUGAUAAUGUCAGAGAUUUUGAAAUUUGUGACUUGUCUUGUCUUCAUUUUUAUCCAAGAAGGUAGCGUCUCAAAUUGGUUACGACAUUUGAAUGAGAACAUCAUCAAACAACCAAUUGAUUGUAUGAAAGUUUCCAUUCCAUCUCUUGUGUAUACACUGCAAAAUAACCUUCUCUAUGUUGCUGUAUCUAAUCUGGAUGCUGCAACAUACCAAGUCACAUAUCAACUAAAAAUACUGACUACAGCCAUGUUCUCAGUGUUUAUGUUGAACAAAAAGCUUAGUCGCAUGCAAUGGAUCUCGCUGGUCAUCUUGUUCAUGGGGGUCUCGUUUGUACAACUCCAACCGACAUCAUCUACAAAGUCUGCUGCUUCGACAACACAACAACCCCUAAAAGGGCUCGUUGCUGUAAUCAUCUCCUGUAUAAUGUCUGGUUUUGCUGGAGUCUACUUUGAAAAAAUUCUAAAAGGAACCAAACCAAAUUUAUGGCUUCGCAAUGUUCAACUUGGCUUUCUAGGAACCAUCAUUGGAUUAAUCACAAUGGAAAUUAAAGACGGAUUUCAAGUAAAAGAGAAAGGAUUCUUCUUCGGUUACGACUGGGUUGUGUGGUUAGCAAUUUGUUUACAGUCCUUCGGUGGUCUUCUAGUAGCCGUAGUAGUGAAAUACGCUGACAAUAUCUUAAAAGGUUUUGCUACAUCAGCAGCCAUCAUUAUAUCAUGCAUUGUUUCAAUAUAUUUCUUUGACUUCCAGCUAACCAUACAGUUUGUAACGGGAGCUAGUUUAGUCAUUUGUUCUGUCUAUAUGUACAGCAAAUACGCAAUUGUGACCCAGUAAACCAAUGACAAUGACAAUCAGUUGUUAACAACAAACACAAAGGCAUUUUUUUAUGUAUUUAUUUAAACAGAAAAUAAUGUGUUCAUGGGGAUAUUGCAUGGUGGGAAGACUUUUUUCAGUGGCCAUUGCAUGAUGGGAAGACAUUUUUUAAAUGGGUUUUUUUUUUUCAUAAUGAAACUUCUGGAAGAAGAAAACGAAAAGGCAAAGACAUCAUUUAUUAUUAAUUGACAACAAUUACAUGCGAUAAAACUAAUUAGCUCUAUUAAAAAUCUCCUCAAUUAGGUCAUACAUUGUUUCAUAUGAUCCCAGCAUUUAUGCCAAUUUGACAACUUCAUGUGUGUGUGUGUGUGUGUGUGUAUAUAUAUAUAUAUAUAUAUAUAUAUAUAUAUAUAGGUGCAGAUGUGGCUCUGUUGUAAGAAGUUUAUCUCCCAAACACUUGAUUCCAGGUUCAGUCCCACUGUGUGACACUGGGCUGACCAAAGCUUUGUGAGUGUAUUUGAUUGAUGGAAACUGAAAGCCCAUUGCGUGUGUAUGUGUAUGUGCAUAUCUUUGUGUCUGUGUCUGCCCCUUCUACCAUUUGACAACUGGUGUUGGUUUGUUUACAUCCCUGUGACCUAGCAGUUUAGCAAAAGAGACUAGUAGGAUGAGUACCAGGCUUUAAAAAGAAUAAGUACUGGGGUUGAUGUGUCUGACUAAAAUUCUCCAAGGUGAUGCCCCAGCAUGGCCACAGUCUAACGACUGAAACAAAUGAAUUAUAAAGAAACCGUCCUUUGCAUGCCAGUGUGGAAGGACGAUAUUAAAUGACGAUGGUGAAUGUGAUGUGCAUUGUUGUCUUUCAUUUCUCUAGAAAACCUCAUAGUUUCCCUCUUUCUCAACAUGACUAAAAAUCAUCAUCAUCAGUUUUCCAUGCUGGCAUGGGUUGGAUGAUUUCAUAGGCACUGGUAAGGCUGAGAGCCACACCAGGUUCCAUAGCCUGUUCUGGCAUGGUUCCUACAGCUGGAUGCCCUUCCUAAUGCCAACCACUUUACAGUGUGGACUGAGUGCUUUUUACAUGGCACCAGCACCGACAGGCUCACCAAGUUCUUUACAAGACAAAAACCCCCUCAAGUGGAGGUGGGGACUAGUAUUGAGGGCAUUGCACUAUCCAGAUUGUUAGCCUAGCCUUAUGAUUCGUGAACAUAAAUGACAUACCUUUAUAGUCUCGAUUUUAUUUACCUGGAUGAGUCAUUUCAGGUACAGCCAAUUGCCAAUCAUCUCUGUCCUUUGUCAUCUGAUGAUCUUCUUUCACCACUUCAUCCUGCAUCCUCCUGGGUCUUGCUCUUCCACAAGUUCUCUCCAUAUUAAGUGAUUGGCAUUUCGUCAUGCUGCUGCCUUCAUCCACAUGCAUCACGUAAACAUAAUACAUUUGAUGCUUAUUAUAUCGAGUAUUUUUUUUCUCAACGCAUUUACACUUCAUUAUACAUGUUCACUGACAUUGUGCAUCCCACAGAACAUGCUGGCUUCAUUUCUUUCAAGCCUCCACAUGUCCUCUGAAGUCACAGUUCAUGUUUCACCACCAUGUAGCAUAGCUGUUCAUCCUCAAGCAUCAUACAAUCUGCUUUUCACUCUGAGGAAGAAACAUUUUACAUUAUUUACAUUCUGACGGAUAUUUGUCCUCAUCUUGUUUGUUGUUAACACAACAUUUCGGCUGAUAUACCCUCCAGCCUUCAUUAGCCUUCAUCCAGCCUGGGUUCUCAUUCUUAAGGUAUUUUUCGAUGUUGUUAUUAUUUAGGUCACUGCCUGGAAUUGAACUCGGAAUCUUGGGGUUAGUAGCCCACGCUCUUAACCACUACGCCAAGAUUCCAAGUUUGAUUCCAGGCAGUGACUUGAAUAAUAAUAAUAAUAAUGAAAAAUACCUUAGGAAUGAGAACCCAGGUUCUAAGUUUCCCCAAGACACCUGAUGAAGGCUGGAGGGUAUAUCAGCCGAAACUUGUUAACAACAAACAAGAUGAGGACAAAUAUCCGUCAAAUGUAAAUAUUGUACAUAAUUCCUCAUCUUUUAAAUAUAGAACUGUAAGGAACAUUUUGUUACCAACAAAGGACAAUAGUUCUCUGAACUUUGCCCAGCUGGUUUUUAUUUGAGCAACUAUGAUUUCAGAGCAUCCUCCUCCAUAGUUAAUUUGGUCACCUAGGUAACAGAAACUAUCUACUACCUCUAAGGAUAUCUCUAGGAAUUAGGGAAAAUCUAUUUCCUGUGUGUUCUUGGUGUUUAUUUUUCCUGCACCUCUUAUGUAUCCAUAGCUUUCAUGGGGCAUACAGUAUGGAAUUUCCACCUUCAUCUUUUCUCCAUAUCAAGCAAAGAUAUUUCACUGAAGGGAUUGGAGAAAGGUUUCGUCUUUGGUUACAACUGGGUUGUGUGGUUAGCAAUUUGUUUACAGUCCUUCGGUGGUCUUCUAGUAGCCGUAGUAGUGAAAUACGCUGACAAUAUUUUAAGAUGUCUGCUUUCCUGCUCACUAGUACUUUUGCUAGAUUAACUCUAGAUUAAAGUUAAUCUUAGUGUCUAAAGCCCUUUGAUUCUAGGCCUUGCUUCUACACCUGAAAUUUCUUCUCUAACUCUACUAUAGAUUCAGCAAGCUCCUGUGGGUAGCCAGUUUUAAAUUCCUCUGUUACCUGUUAUAGCCUGGAGAACUACAAUAAGCAAGAGAACCAAGUCUUGGUGAAUUCCUAUCUGCCACCUUACUGCCAGCACUCCUGUACAUGGCUUGGAUGGCUCUCACCAGCCACUCAUCUACCACUAGCUUCCACAGCAACCAGCAGAUCAGGGAGUGAGGGACCCUAUCAAACGCUUUUCCAUGUCAACAAAUAUCAAGUACAGCAGUUUAUUUUUGGCUAAACACAUCUCUUGCAGUUGCCUUAUGAAGAAGCUGCAUCAGUCAUGCUUCUCCUUAGCACCAAACUGCAUCUGCAUAAUGAAAUUUUGAGUGUUAAUAAAGUAACUAUAUAUAUAUAUAUAUGUGUGUGUGUGUGUGUGUAUAUAUAUAUAUAUAUAUAUAUAUAUAUAUAUAUAUAUAUAUAUAUAUAUAUAUAUACAUACAUAUGUAUAUAUAUUCAUUCUUUGUGUUUCAGCCCAAAGACUGUGGCCAUGCUGGGGCAUUGCCAACAUCGUCACCUUUUCAAUUGCCAUUCUUUUAUAAUUGCUUUUGCUGAAAGAGGUAGUUCGAUAUUGCUGUCCUUCUUUUCAGUUUCUUGCUGUGCUAUAGGUUCAUCCAGGACAUUGGACAGCAAGAGGUCAAAUUGUUUCUUGAAAACAUCCACCCUUACUUCAUGUAAAUCUCUCACAUAUGUUGGCAAGGUAUAUAUAUAUAUGUGCGUGUGUAUUUUUAUAUAUAUAUAAAUAAUCAGAAAAUGGAGGAAACUUCAGAUCAACAAACACAUCAAUUGGACCACAUUUAUUGCUUAUUAUUUAAUACAAAUCAUGGCAUAACAUUUAUGUGACAUAACAGAUCUUACGGCUGUUUCUGCAUCCAGUGCUGAUCAGUAUUUACAAAUAAUUGCAAAAAUAAAAUUCUGAGGUUUUCUCCAUUUUCUGAUUAUUUAUAUUUGUUUCCUGAUAAACGUUUUAUUCUGUUGUUACCUGUACUCUACGAGCAUAGUGUGCCUGCAUACCACUGCCCGGGGAUAACACGGGCAACAUGUAUACCAAUAGUAUAUAUGAAUAUUUUAUCCCUUAGUCGGUUACUAUCUAUAUGUAUAUUAUAUAUAUCUAUAGGUAUAUUAUAUAUAUCUAUAUAUAUAUAUAUAUAUUAUGUAUUUAUAUAUGUAUAUAUAUGUAUUUAUAUAUGUAUAUAUGUAUUUAUAUAUGUAUAUAUAUAUUUAUAUAUGUAUUUAUAUAUGUAUGUAUGUAUUUAUAUAUAUAUAUGUAUUUAUGUAUGUUUGUGUGUGUGUAUAUAUAUAUAUAUAUAUAUAUAUAUAUUUAUAUAUAACGUUGACCACUAACGUGGACAUUCAAUGUGCUAGAAAUAGAUCACAUCUUGUGUCUACUAAGACCUAAAUUGUUCUCAAAACGUUAUAUAUAAAAAUAUACUUUAAUCCCCUGAGAUUGCAGAUAUUGUUUCUGAAUCUCUUUGGUUCUUUAAAUGUGCUAGCUUCCUGGUAAUUAAUCGAUAUUAAUUAAUAUAUGAUUUUUACCCUAUGUUAAUAUAUAUACAUAUAUAUAUAUAUAUAUAUAUAUAUAUGUAUGUAUGUAUGUAUAUAUGUAUGUGUGUGUGUGUAUAACAGAACUAGAACACAUCUCAUUCUCUAAGUUAGGAUCAAUUAAGAUAAGAAUAAACAUGAACUGCUAAGAUAGAGAAUGUUAUGUGUAUGUUUGUACUUUGAAGAGGAUUGUUCAUUUUGGUGGAAGGGGGGGCCUUUGCUUCAGUCUGUUACAUGUUUCCCCAUCAUUCAACACAUUAAUUAAUCAAAUGUUACUCUUUUAAUUAUAUUUAAACUGAAUUAAUAUGGUAGAUUUUUUUUUUUAGGAAGAGAACAAUAUUUUCCAAACCUCUGUCGUUCAGCUUUCUCUUCUAAUAAAAAUGAAAAAUAUAAAUUCUGGUGAUAAAAAAAUUUGAAGAGGUUAAAUUUAUCAUGUGAGGGAUUCCGAUUUUGUAUGAUCCAUGGUCUGUAAUCUGUGGACAACAUUGUAUAGUUUUAUGGUUUCUUUGAUUGUUCAAAUAUAUUUGAAGUCAAUCACUGUUUGUAGAAAUUUUAAAAAUACAAAAAAAAUAAAUAAAUAAAGGAAAAAACCCAAAAGAGUGUGGGUUGAAAAUCCAUGAAUCAGAUGAAUGAUUGGAAAAGUGGAACGAAAUAGGAACUCUGUGUGUGUGUGUGUAAUAUAUGUGUGUAUGUGACCCACACCCUCCAUUUGUUAAUAGUUGACUUUGGUGUAAAAUAUGGAACUACAUUUCGGAAUAAACUAUUUUUAAAAAAAUUA